ACAGAUUACCCAUAUAAAAUCAGAUCAGAUGGUGCUACGAUUACCGGAUUACCCCUGUUGUGCAACUUUACUGUGUAAGUUAAAAGUUUCAAUUCACGCGUGUUCCAAGUCAAACCUUAUAGUCUCUUAGUAGUAAAUUGAGAUAGGCAUGUAUUUAUUCUACAGUAAUUGUCAGUCUCGAGUAUUAUUUAUGGAAUAAAACAACAUACAAAUUUACGAUUUUAUUGGACGUCUUUGCUCGGAUUACAAUACCUAUUUAAUAACGAUUUGGGUCGGCCGAUUACAAAAGUACUACACAGAAAGCCAGUGAGCUAAUAUAUUCAAUUUGCUAUGGCUAACAGUGAUCAGAUGCCCAAAGUUGAUUUCAUGAAAGACGGUGAAAUCGAUAAAAGAUUAUUACAACAGAUAAAAUUUGUUGAACGCCAAAAUCUAGUCCGUGCCAAUAGGUUGAACCGUAUGCGCAGAAACGCUCGUUACACAGGCUUAUUACUUGGUGGUAUUACAUUGAGUAUAUACGGAUAUUCUAUUUAUUCAAUAAAACAGGAGACAUUCUUGGACGAUUUUGAAGAACCUGCAGUCACUGUUAAACAAUAAUAAAUAUUACAUACUCAUUAUGUCUGC